CACACAUGCAAGAGUGUUUUUUCCACACAGGAAAUAUGCUGUUUUACAUCAUUAAAUCUGGAAAAGUGAAACAAGAUGCAAUCUUCAGUGAUAAGCAUUGGGUUAUUGCUAGCCUUUAUGGUUGUACAAGUCCAAAGCCAAUACUUUCCGCAAAAAACUUAUUAUGGUCUACCAAUAGCACCUUCCCGAGGACAAACCCAGGCUUUUACAGAACCUGCAAUUGCAAACAAUGCAGACCCAUUAUUAAUCCAUAAUAGAUCACCAGGAGUACCAGGAUGUUUUUCGCUGCUUUUCCCCAUAUUUUCCGUGCGAAGCACUACGAAACAAACAACAACCUUAGAGGAUGUAGCGGAAGCAGACGAAUCGGAAGUGGAGGCUGUAGAAGAAGUUGCCGAUAAACCGGAAGAGGAGGUGGCAGAAGAGUAACGAUAUUUAAAAAUUUAUUAAAGGCAAUAAAAUAUGGUUAAUUU